CUGUUAAUAAACGAGAGAGAAUAGAUGCAUUAGUUUUGUCUGUUUCUGUGGUGGAUCUGUGUAAUUACAUAAGAGGAAUUGGUGAGGUUGAUUUUGGUUUUUGAUUGGAAGAUGGAUCCUAAGGAUUUUCGAUCCAUAUUGGAGAGCGCGGGCAUCGACAUUUGGAUGUUGAUGGAUGUCGCCAUCGCAGUGGCAUCUGCUGACCACAGUGAUGAAUUGAAGCGUCGAAGAGACGGAAUCGUGGAGCGCCUCUACGCGACGAGUUUGUUGUCAUCAUCGCGGUGUCCAAACUGUGACAUCGACGACGUUAGAGAAAUCGAGAUGCAGAGCAAUCCCUCCGCGGAGGAGGAAAAGGAUACUUGCGAAGUCUUGUUGGACGAUGAACAAAAGAAGAUUCUAGAGAUUAAAGAGCAACUUGAAGAUCCUCACCAGUCCAAAGAUUCGUUGUUGGAGCUGUUGCAGAAUCUAGCAGACAUGGAUAUUACAUUCCGAGCCUUACAAGAGACUGACAUUGGGAGGCAUGUGAAUCGGUUGCGGAAGCAUUCGUCUAAUGACGUUAAGAAAUUGGUGAAGUUACUCGUCAGGAAAUGGAAGGAGAUUAUAGAUGAAUGGGUGAAGUUGAAGACGCCAGGAGAAGCGAGUACUACUGUCAUGGCUGACGAGGACUCGCCACAAGAUAAAAUGCCACAAAAUGGACAUCGUCAGAUUCCCGAUUUUGCAGACUCGCCAAAUCCACACAAUGAGAGUUUUGGGUCAGAGCACAACAACAUUGAACCACAACAACGAAAACCAAAAGCAAUUCCUCACAAAGAAUCUCCCCUAAAACCAUCGGCAUCAAGACAAAAAGAGAGCAAUGUUGAGUUGGAUAAACUUGCUUCAGCGAGAAAGCGACUCCAAGAGAACUACAAAGAGGUUGCAAAUGCCAAAAAGAAUAGAACGAUCCAGGUGAUGGAUCUCCAUGAGUUGCCAAAACCCAAGAAUGCCUACUUCGGAAAAAGCAAAGGUGGCACCAGUCAGGGAAGACACUGGUGACUACGUGCCCAGUUGCGUGUGAAAAGGCUUUUUGUGGGUGAGUGAUGUGGCAUUGUCCGAAAAUUGAUCCCAGCACAAAAAGAUAAUAAUCAUUGAUCAGCUAUAUCUUCAUUUAAUAUACAUCUAUUAAAUAUAUAUAUUUUUUAUUUCUAUUUGUCUUAUUAUAUUAUGUAUAUCUAAUAAAUCUAUUUCUUAUCCUCUAUCACUAGGCGUAUAUAUAUCCUAUAAGAAAGGAGUGUUGAUAAAUACUUUGACGUGCAUAAAAUAUUUUUCAUAUAAACAUUGUUUUUUUUU